AUGCACGACCUGCAAUACUCUAGCAACAAAGCCCAGACGGUAGGUUCAAUUUCUUAUUCACAGCAGAAAAAUGACUCCGCUGCUGCUGCUGGUGAUGAAGACAUUCUUGUCCAGAGCCUGUCCAAAAGGAAACUGAUUUCAGCCUCGCGGUCCCGUCUCCUCCUCGUGGCAUUCACCUCCCUAGCAGUAGCAUACUUGCUUCUAAUUUGUUUCCGCUUCAUAAAAACUGGACGGCUAGUGGCUCCACAGAGCCGAUCCCUUGCAGAUCACUACGAUGUAUCAUGCGAUUUGGGUGACGCAACUGGGGAUAGUUACAACCGCGACGGCAGAACAACAGGAGGAACCCACGAACACCGAGCAAAGGAGCUGAGGAAUGAAGGCACGCUUUCGCCGCAUUAUCAGAUUCAUGGAGUGCACGAUUCCGACACAAACCCUCAAGGAGCAGGCGAUGCGGCGUCAAUUGGAGAGAAGACUUACGGAUCCAGCUCGGGAUGUUGGGCACAGGAGUUCCAGCAGUAUGAUUUGGACUUAUGGGCAAACCGUAACAUGCCUGAACCCAUAAAAGGGCGUUUAUUGAACCUAUUCUCGCGAAUGGUGAGAGCUUCGAAGCUGUGCAGGUCAUUGCUACCAAUGCUAACGUCCACACAACGGCUGCAUCUGACGUAUGUUGUAAUGCGACUAAUUGCACUGGAUUUGGGAGCAAUUUCGUUAGUGAGGGAGGACAUGGAGCCUGCACGGCAAAGCGUGGGGGACUCUCUCAUUAGCCUGGGUCAUGAGUGUCUUGAAGGCAAUGGCAGUGGCGCAAAGUAUGAAGGCCUUCGCCCCGCGAUUCGCGAACUGAUAGCUUUAGUUGAUAAACUCAAACUGCCGCGACGAGUACAACACGAAUAUGAUUCUCUGAAGUACAGAAAAAAGAUGUCCACCAUGAUGGGUACUGCUGGCAUGGUGCUGAAAAAUUGUUUAGGCGUUUUGGAGGGUUUACUUCAAUCCAGUUGCGGAGACUCAUUGGAGCUGCCAUAUGCCGUGGUUCAGCAGCAGAUCGGUGUUCUAGAGGCGCUGUACCGCGUACACGCGAGCCACAUAAACAGAGAUAGACCACUUCGUAAGCACAUCAUAGAGUGCCAGGAACAAACUGGCACGCAUGAGCUUCUCAGUUACCAGUUAGCGCAGACGUCCUACAAGGUGAUCCCGAAACUGCGAGACUUGCAGAAACAGAUGAGAGAAGCAGUCAGCAGCGCCGGCGGCCUUCUACUACUGCAACAGCCAAAUGCGCGACAAAGUCACGGCACUAGCAGGAGGUUCGUUGGAAAAAGUCAACUGCGAGAGGCCUACCCUGAAGCACUGCAUGGACAAAGGGGGCAGCACCACAUGCUGCAAGGAAGCUCUGCGGCAGCGGAACAGCAAGCGCUUCACUUCGCAGCUUCAUUAGUGAGCGAAAACGUCUACGGAGGUCCCUCUUUGCCUUCUUCUGCGUAUCCACUGUGGCAACCUUGGCAGCCGCCUUACCAAGGCCACGAAUCAGCUGCGCAGCCCGUGCCGCAAGGCACUAGUAGUCCUUGGAAUCAGCAGUCACAGUCAGUCUCAUCGCCAUCACUUCAGGCAUCGGGUGGUUCUGCGAUGCCUUGGAUGCACACAGCACACCAACGCAUUCAAGGCGCAGGUCCCCGUCUAUCGUUGGCACCUUCUCUCCUUGCGCGUCCUUAUCGUCUUUGGGCUACUCAGUCGGCUGAUUCUGCCUUUUCUUUGGGUCGGUUACAACGGCACACACCUUCUGGGUGUGUUGUUCAAGCGCCUUUGGGGCCCACUGCACAGCUGCGACAAAGGGCUGGAGCUGAGCAGCCUGUGACGUUUGAGUCACCACCUGCAAGCUCCCGCAGAGUUGAGUAUAGCCCUUUCAGACAAGGAAGCAGUCCUUCCUUGUUGCCAUUUACGCGAGCAACGGUCUCGUCUCUCGAAAUGCGUAAAACUUCAGGCUGCGGCCGUGCGGGCAAUCGAAGGCAAGGAGUGCGUCGUACCCGCGCCUGUGACCCGGAUAAAGGAGAGAGCAGCCGUGAGGCUGGACGCUAUGGUGAAUGCCGCUUGUGA